AUGAAUGAGAAAGGCGAGAAACAGGAGGUCGAGACCAGUGAGGUAAGCGCCAUAUGGGACGCCACGCCCGAUGACAAGGCGACAGUAGAUGGUACAGUACAUGUAGCGACCGAUGGUGUGGGUGGAAGAUGCGCUAGUAAAAAGGAGAGGGUUAUAAUGAUAUCAGCAUUUCUUACUGGGAUUGAACAAGAGAGUUAUGUAUUGAGAACAGAGUCACCCUCUUUUCUCCAAAGUGGUACCCCCACUCAGGUCAGUGCCAUUCAUGAAAGCCAAACGUGCGCUCCUUUGUCGGCAGAAAAUACUAGUAAGGAGGAGGAAGGGAAAGAUGGGAACGAAGAGGUGAUACUAACGAGAGAUGAAAUCAUGGAAAAGACGUCCGACUUAGUUGACACCGAAAUCACCUGUGCGUAUUCAACUUGUCAAGUCACUCCUGCUUUGAGUCACAGCUCAGCGUCUACGAGGCCCCUUACUUUGUCGGUAGUCCUAGAACUACCCAAAGAUGAGGAAGAAGAAGAGGAGAAUGUGGCUGAUGAGGUACGAAUGGGCAGUCUUGAAAAUCUUGCGUCCACUUCCUUCGAACUCACAACCAUCGGUGCAUUUAAGCUGAGUGACGGUUCACCCAUUCAAAUCAUGCUCUCUGGAGGAAGUGUGAUCAAACACAAUCAAACUCUGUUAGAAAUGCAAAGAUAUCUGUUGCAUGAAAAGGCGAGCACAUUUUCAGCUAGCGACACUAUCAAGAAGUAUCUGGAAAACACGGGAAUCUCCAAAUUUACGGUGCAGACUCUUUCUAAUCACGAGGAGGAAGAAAGAAGAGGAAGUGGAGAAACGGUGCAAAGAUCUGACUCGCAGGUACGGGCCGCGAGUGCGAUGUCGCCAAUAGAAAGUGAGGUCAGCACAAGGAGGGAAUCGAGAAAAACGUGCACUUUUAGGGUCAGUGAAGGGGCUCCACUCAUGCUCAAACAGCUGCGUCAAAGUCAAUGUAAACGGCGGAAGAUUAUGUGGGAAAAGCAUAGACGCUAUGUCCGGGAGGAGGCGGGAUCUUUUCUUGAAGGAUGCCGAUGUCGACCAAUUGUACUGGUGGACGACGAAGCAGACUGCAGCGCCAUUGUGCAUAUGAUUGGAAAGACAACGGAGUCCACGGUGGGCUACUUCUCUCUGCGUCAGGACGCACCACCGCCGGUAACAACAAUCUGUCACAGUUGCUUUAAGCGUAGACAAAUUGUGUGGAGUAAGUAUCGACGUCAACUAUCUGAGGAGGCUGAGACAUUUUUGACCGAAAAGCUGACUCACCGAGACGAUAAACAGUCAAUGAGUCUGGUUAGCCUUCCUCAUCUCCUCCCUUCUCUUAACGCCCCAGCUUCCGUCGAAUCGAUCGACAUCGGUCCAGCACGCAUCCUCAUUACUUCCAACCGGCGCGAGGAUGGUGGCGUGGUAGCUCACAUUGUCACCGAGUUUCCUCUCAAUCCAGUGCCUUCCGAUAAUUCCAAGAACCUUCAGUUCGUCUUUGACGUUGCUAUGCCCGAAGAACCUAUUUAA